AGACUCUAGAUACGAGAAACGAGCCACUUUGAAGCAUUAAACUAUGUGGUGGCGGGCCUUGUGUGUCUGCCUUUUGGCAGCGGCGGCGACGCCGGCGGCAGUGGCAGUGGCAUGCGGCAGAAAGCCUCCGAAGAAAGAGGAAGGUACACCUGGGUCUAGACCAGCUGUCAUCAACACAACCCCAACACCAAGUUCUUCUAAUCAAACUACUACUCCUGAGAAUCCCGUGGUGAACACUCCAGCCGGCUCCAUCCGAGGGUCAUGGAUGGAGACGCGCCGCGGAAGACGGUUCCAGGCGUACCGCGGCAUCAGAUACGCCAAGCCGCCGAUCGGGAAACUCAGAUUCAAGCCGCCCGUCCCCAUCGUGCAGUACAAGGAAGAGGUGGACGCGAGUAAAGAGGGCCCGGCGUGUCCUCUCGUCGCCCCGGCCUCCUACUACGUCGACGAAGACUGCCUCACCAUCAAUGUAUACACGCCUACUACUAACAGGUCGGCUCGUCUGCCGGUGGUGUUUUUCAUCCACCCGGGCGGGUUCUACUCGAUGACGGGGCGCAGUGACCUCGCCGGCCCACACUACCUGCUGGACAAAAACCUCAUCUUCGUCUCUAUCAACUACCGCCUCGCUGCUCUUGGUUUCCUGAGCACAGGCGACGAGCUCGCGCCGGGCAACAACGGCAUGAAGGACCAGGUGAUGGCGUUGAGAUGGGUGCAGCGCAACAUAGCGGCUUUCGGAGGAGAUCCCGACCGCGUCACCAUCGCCGGCGUCAGCGCCGGUUCCAUAAGCGUUAUGUUGCACAUGAUCUCUCCAAUGACUAAAGGCCUGUUCCACCGCGGCAUCGCGAUCAGCGCGUCGCCUAUCGGCAAGGAGCCCAUGCCGCACCAUCAGCUCGACUUGGCCAUCAAACAGGCGCAUAUCCUCAGCUGCCCCACGAACAGUUCCCAGGCCAUCGUCGAUUGCCUCGUCGAGAAACCUUGGAAGGAACUGGGAGACUCUUAUCCAAAGUUCUUUCAAUACGCGUUCGAUCCUGUCGGACUAUGGAAGCCCGUGGUUGAGCUAGACUUCGGCCAAGAGCGGUACCUGACGAUAGAACCAACAGAGGCGAUCACCAAGGGACUGAUACACACGGUGCCGCUGAUCGUCAGCCAAACCACGGAUGAGUUCGCGGGACUCGCUUUCCCGAUUCUAAGCAACGCGACGCUUAUCCACCGAAUGAACACGCACUGGGAGAGCACGGCGGCCAUCUCCUUCGACCUCCCUCGGCGUCACCUGCGAGAGGCAGCGCGCGCGCUGCGCGGGGCGUACCUCGCCGACAGGGACUUGGCCAACGAUGACUUCAGCAAGAAGCAACUCGGGACUUUGUAUGGCGAUGCAAUCGUCGGUUUUCCGACACAUCGGAUGGCGAAUCUAAUGUGCAAGCAUUCGAAACACCCCGUGUGGUACUACGAGUUCGCGUACGUCGGUGCACAGAGCCACACACUCGACCCCGCCACUAAGAAACCCGUUGGCGCGGCGCACCACGACGACAUGUUGUAUCUAUUGAGUCUGCGUUAUCGCUUUCAAGACAUCCCCGUCUCAAACAGCUCGGACUCCGCUAUGGUCGACAGCAUGACCGCCGUGUGGUAUAAUUUCGCCAGAUAUGGGGCUCCAGAUGCUCGUGAGGAUACUCCAGAACUGUCUUCAAUGAAGUGGCCUCAGAUGAAACCGGAGUCACGCGAGUACCUUGUCUUUGAUAAGAAGUUCGAAGUCCGUAAAGGUCUGAAGGAAGACCGAUUCAAGCUCUGGGAGGAAUUGUAUCCUCUUUGGGUUUAGAACUCUUAAGUUAAAUAAUUAAUUACAAUAUAUAU